UGAAAAUCCUUGCUCCUGACUGCUUUUACCGGGCCAGUAAAUACUGAUUCACAUCACAUGUAACAGGCUGCAGUCUGCAGACUCAUUUUUUCCGACGACUUCAGGAACCGAAGGAGCGUCGCAGAACUCACAGCCUGCUUCGUCGCUUGGGUUUCUUUGCAAGCCAGAUUGGAGAUGCUACAGGGGGCAGUGAGCAGGGCCGUGCUCUGCCUGUCCUGCUCCCUCCUGCUGGGGGUCUGCUUCCCAGCACAGGGUGCCAGGGCAGCGGGGCCUCUUCCUACUUUUCCCCCUGAACAUGAGUCUGGGGAACCAUACCUUGAGGAUUGGGAGUGGGGUUCUGGAUCAUCUCUUCUGCACCUGCUUCACAGCUUCCCUGCUGACAGCCCCUUCAUAACAGAGACCCCAGGAAAACCAGUCAACUGCACCCAGCGCUUCUGGUUACCACCGUCCUCUCCAAUCUGCUGGGAAAACAUAGCUGGACCUGAGGAGUUUGCCAGGUCCCGUCUGCUUGUUCUCCAAAACAGGGCUGCCCUGCAGGCUGUGUCCACCACCAGUGGGUUGGAGGAGGGAGGGAUCUCCUACGAACACCAAGCCAGAGAGGAGGUCCAGGGGAUCCAUUCAGACCACCUGGAUGUGGUAGAAACUAUACAGACCAUGGAAAAGGUGUUUGCCUCUCUGAAGGAGACGAGGAAAGAGGGAAAGGAGCAGGGGGUACUCACUAGCAUGAAGGAGCAUCUUGCCAACACAAGGGACGCCAUAGAUGGAAGAGAGCACAUGGCAAACAUCCUAGAGAAUCAUUUUUCUACUUUAGAAAAUACUCUGCUUAACAUACAGCUUCGACUCAACAAACUCAUCCAACAGUGACACUGACAACCACUUGCCUUAUUUGUGCUGUAUUUAUAUAUUCAUGUAACAAUGUAGCAAAUGUAUGCAUGCUCAGGAUUAUGUUAGUCCAUAGUAUGAGGACAAAACACACAAUGCACAUGAUAUGCACCUUAUGUCAUCAUAGCACCUAAAAGUGGCAUGUGUAAACUGGAAUCGGAUAAAUAAAUCUCACAUUAUCAGGGAGAGUUAAACAUGUAGCUGUUAAUCACAUUUUAUAUUUCCACUUAGCAGAUAUGUUUCACAUGGAGAUUUCAUGAUCCCGCUAUCAGCCUCUAGCUUGGAACAGAACUGACCUGUUUAACAUGUCAUUCGACAUUUAUACACUGCAUUUACAUACGUCUAUUUCUCCAAAGUUGUGGUGUAAAAUACAUGCAGUGCAACAUGAAUAUCAGACAGCAUGAAUCUUUAUUUUAAUAUCAAAUCUAAACAAUGUCUAAAUGCAUGAGGAUGAUGCGUUGUAAGGUGGUCAGCUGAUAUAUACACUUUAAAUAUUCACAUCUAUUAAGCUUGAGUGUGAAUUUGUAUUUGGAACGACGCAUGUUCGGUUGCUUUGUAGUGAAGCUGGAAAAAAAAA